AACCUUUUCUAAAAGGGACAGAGAGCACCCUGCUGCAUUUCCUAAUCGUGGGCUGGCGUGUUGGAGUGAGCUGGUCAUGAUGCAGAAGGUCCUCAAGUGCAGUAGCCUGGCCCUGGCUCUCGCCCUCAUCCUGGUUUUGGAAUCUCCAGUCCAAGGUUAUCCUAUGCGGAGAGCCAGGUACCAGUGGGUACGCUGCAGUCCCGACAGUAAUUCUGCAAACUGCAUUGAUGAAAAGGGACCCCUGUUCAACCUCCCUCCAGGCGAGUCUAACAGGAUCCUCCCUGCAAGGACUGACCCUUUUCCAAUGAAAAGAUUCCAGAACUUGAAUGAUGUUUUCCCCCUUUCUGAGGACUAUUCUGGAUCAGGCUCUGGGUCUGGUUCUGGAUCUGGAUCAGGAUCUGGAAGUGGCUCUGGAAAUGGUUUCCAAAAUGAAAUGGAACAGGAAUACCAACCAGUUGCUGAAAAUGAUGCUUUCUAUUACAACUUCAGGUCUUUCGAGAGCAAUCAGCCCUCAGACAACCACAACUUGGGUCAAGAAGGAUUAGAAGAGGAUUUCAUUAUAUAAAAAUGAAGGUUUCCCCACCUUGAUGCCAGGCGAUGUAUUCAGUGUAUUUUGUGUACCAUGGUUAAAUGAUCAGUCUUGGGACAAAGAGUUUUAUGGAAAUUUUAAAACAUCUGAUAAAAAACCUUAAACUUUAUCACCUUUAUUUCUCAUGAAUUCUUAAAGGAUUAUGCUUUAAUGUUGUUAUCGGUCUUAUUUUUCUGAAAAAUACCUUCUUUUUUGGCACUGGGUAUCAAACCCAGGCCUUCACACAUAAGAGGCAACUGCUUUACCACUGAGCUACAUCCCAGCCUAAUACUUGCAAUUUUUUUGGUUAUCUUGUUCAACCCAACAUCAUUAUGAAAUGAACUAGACUCCCAUUACAUGAAGUUACUUUAAAGAAGAAAAAAUUAUACUGUUUUUUAAAAAUUCAGUCUGUGAAGCAAAUUGAUAGGCAAUAUUUCAUACCUCAAUCUUCAGGCACCUGACUCUGAUUAUGAAUUAUAGAUCUAUCCCUUUUAUUAUGGGAAAAAAAGAUGAAACAGUACAUUUAUAGAGUGGGUAUUUGACAUGGAGUACAAUGUUAAGGGUGGUAUUGUACUGUUACUGUUGGGUGUGUUGCAAAGCUAGAGGACACUGUUCAGCUGAAGUGUGAUUGUUACGAUUAAAAACUUAGGACCCCAGUUAAAGCACAGUUGUGCUUCUCAGUAUCGCAUCCUGCUUUACCUUUUACCACUGGAUAUCUUCAUUUUCAAAUGUUAUUCUAUUAAAGCAGAAGUAUAACCAAA